CUGCAAUUGAAGAAUGAAGUAGACGUUUGUCAGCAUAGCAGGUUCAAACUUCUUACGUACCAUAUAAAGCUGAAUUAUACCUUCUUUCUUGUCUGGUAAAGUCUGUUUCAGCAUGUCUUUUGAAGGAAAGUCUAUUACUUGCAAGGCUGCAGUUGCUUGGAAGGCUGGAGAUGCUUUGUCCAUUGAAAAUAUCGAAGUUGCUCCUCCAAAAGCUCAUGAAGUUCGUGUUCAAGUCUCGUGGUCGGCUGUUUGUCACACCGACGCCUACACUCUUUCAGGUGUAGACCCUGAAGGUGCCUUCCCCAUUAUUUUGGGUCAUGAAGGUGCAGGUGUUGUUGAGAGCAUUGGCGAAGACGUUACAAAUGUUCGUCCUGGCGAUCAUGUCAUUCUUCUCUACACCCCCGAGUGCAAAGAAUGUAAGUUUUGUCGCAGCGGUAAAACCAACCUGUGUUCCAAAAUUCGUGAAACCCAAGGUCGUGGCUUGAUGCCUGAUGGUACUUCUCGUUUUUCAGUUGACGGAAAGCCAAUCCUCCAUUAUAUGGGUUGUUCAAGCUUUAGUCAGUAUACUGUCGUUUCGGACAUUUCUCUUGUUGCUAUUUCCCACUCUGCUCCUCUUCGUAGUGUCUGUCUGUUGGGAUGUGGUAUUACUACUGGCUUUGGAGCGGCUACUCAUUCUGCCAAGGUUGAGCCUGGCUCAACUGUCGCCGUUAUCGGAUGCGGCUGUGUGGGUCUUGCUGCCAUGCAGGGUGCUGUUGCUGCUGGUGCCUCGCGUAUCAUUGCCAUUGACAUUAAUUCUGAAAAGGAAGCUUUUGCUAAGAAAUUUGGUGCCACUGAUUUUGUCAAUCCCUCCACGGUUGACGAUAUCGUUCAGCACAUUAUUAACAUGACUGAUGGUGGUGUGGACUACGCCUUUGACUGCACUGGCAAUGUUACUGUUAUGCUACAAGCCUUACAAUUCUGCCACAAAGGCUGGGGCAAGCUUUGUGUUAUUGGUGUUGCUGCUGCUGGCAAGACCUUGGAUUUCCGACCUUUCUUGGUUGUCACCGGUCGUCAUGUUUUAGGCUCUGCUUUUGGUGGUGUCAAGGGUCGCACUGAGCUUCCUAACUUUGUCGACGAUUACCUCCAAGGCCACUUCAAGGUCGAUGAGUACAUUACACACGAGGAAAGUUUGCACACCAUUAACAAUGCCUUGGAGCACAUGCAUGAGGGUAAAUGCAUCCGCUGCGUAGUCGAUAUGGACAAGCCCUAAAGAUUAUAGAUAGAAGAUGCCUUGCAUUUCGAGCUUGAGGCUUCUAUAUGUUUACUUUUGUUAGUUACGCUUUACAAUGAAUUUUUU